AUGGCUGCGGCGCCCACGGAGCACGGCCUGGGCUUCUCGGUGGGCUUCUGCGUGCUGGUGGGGGUCUUGGUGGGCACGCUGCAGCCCUACGCCCAGCGCCAGGUGAAUGACCUGCAGUGCUGCUGCUUCCUAUGCCUGGGUGUGGCGGCCAUGGGCUUCGGCCUGCGCCUCAUUUGGCUGGCCCGAACUGCGCUGGCGGUGCCGGUGGUGCUGCUGUGCUGCCAGGUGAGAAGUCCAGACUGCCCGGAAGCCCUGGCUCUGCGUCUCUUCAAGGCGCUGGAGCCGCAGCUGGGGAAGCUGCAGGAGGAGAUCUCCGUGCAGGUGGAGGAGCUGAGCCUCUGA